ACACGAACCAAUGCAUCGGUAAGAUUCGCAUAAACAUACAAAAAAAUGGAGUAAAAUAAAUUAAAAGUGAGGAGACAAAUAUUCUAAGAAAAAAACUUAGAAAAUAAAAAAGACAUAAAAUAGCGUCACACCUACUCUUUCUUCUAUACCUUUAGUAUCUCUCUCUCCCCUGUCUUCAUACUCCUUUACACUACUCCUCUCCUUCUUUACACCUCUCCCCCUCCAAUGGUGUAAUCUCCCAUUUACUAACUUCCUCCAUCUCUCUCUCUACACCUCUAAGUCUUGUGCAAUGGCGGCGCGAAAACUAGGUUCGUUGUUACGUCAAUACUUUUUCUCACUAUGCUUCCUCUUCCUCGGUUGCUUCUUCUUCCCUAAAGGCGCAGACUGUAAACAAAAGAGAAGGAAGAAGAAGCUCAGAACAGUCUCUUUAUCUUCUUCAGGUUCAGCUCUAUCAUCUUCUUGGACGUACUUAAAACGAGUUUUCUUAUCCACGACAAGGAUUAGUAAAUCCCGUAACCAAACACACCCUAACGGUACGUUAACUUCAGCAAGAUCAUCACAGAACUCGCUCGUCACCCUCGUCCAACCCGAAACAACCACAACAGACCAACCCGACCCGGCUACCCGUACCCAACAACAACCCGAGUUCGAGAUCUCGUAUUCCGAUCACAACGAUCCUCUGUUUCUCCUCCCUCUACGAAACGAGAUUUUCCCUUGCAACUCGUGCGGCGAGAUUUUCGCGAGAACCAAUCUCCUCGAGAGCCACAUCGCGAUCAAACACGCCGUGUCGGAGCUAAUCGCCGGCGAAUCGAGCACGAACAUCGUCGAGAUCAUAUUCAAAUCAGGCUGGCCUAUUGGCAAAUCGCCGGAGAUCAACCGGAUCUUAAAAAUCCACAACAGCCAGAAGAUUCUCACCAGAUUCGAGGAGUACCGCGAGUUCGUCAAAGCCAAAGCCGCUCGAUCGCGGUGGGAAGACGAGCGCUGCGUCGCCGACGGUAACGAGCUUUUACAAUUCUACUGCUCGACGUUCAUGUGCGAUCUAGGUCAAAACGGCNAUGGAGUAAAAUAA